AGAGAACUUCAGACUCUAGAGGUCUCCAUCCUUCAGCAUCCCCUCAUCAGCCACCUAUUCGCCCUCUCCUCCUCUUUGGGUGCUUUUGUGCGGCGGAGGAGGAGAUGAGGAGAGGCUGCCCGGGGAGGAAAGAGAAGGGGAGUCCGAGACGAACGCGUCCUACGCCAGAACCACACAGCCGGGGGGGGGCAACUUUGAUUUGGACGCCGCGUAGUACGCCUGCCAUGUACAUGACAAUGACGAGAAGGAGCCACGUUUCCUCUUCUGUCUCUCCCUCUCCUUGGGAGGCUUAGAUGCGUCGGGCGUGUGCAACAUACUAUACUACGUCCUUGGACUGAGGCGCUCAAUGAAGAUUUAUUUCUCUGUGAUUUCGCCGUUCAGCUCGCCUCGCCGUGCCUGCGCUUAGGUCAGCCGAAUGAAUCCGAAGGCGGUCUGAGCGCAUUGUUUCCAGCUCCGCUGCAUUCGGGAUUUCCAGCCGUGAUGUCUGCAAUCUUGCGCUCUUUGUUUCUGGUUCUGUUCAGCCUGCUGUCAGUGGGUGCCCAGACAGAGAUGAAGAAGGUUGUUGGGGACAAUGCCACCUUACCAUGCCACCACCAGUUCCAGUCUUCUGGCUCUCUUGAUAUCGAGUGGCUGCUACAGAAACCUAACUCAAAGCAGAAAGUGAUCAUUACCUUCUUCGGAGGACAGGUCUACACCGAGGGCACUGGCAGCGACGCCAGCCGCCUGUCCUUCGCCGGGGAGUACCUGGGCGGUGACGCCUCCCUGCUGAUCAGUGACCUGCUGCUGACCGACUCUGGGGACUACUCCUGUAAAGUCAAGACUGGCGGAAAGUACCACUGGAGCCAGGUCAACCUUAUCGUUCUGGUGAAGCCCUCCAAGCCAAGGUGCUGGAUGGAUGGAAAACUCCUGGAGGGCAAGGAUGUCAAGCUGAGCUGUAAAUCCAGCGAUGGUUCAGACCCCAUUAGCUACAAGUGGGAGCGAGUGCUCGACAAAGGGAAGAGUCUGGGCAAGCUGCCAAACCUGGCGCUGAUAGAUCUGAAGAACCCAGAGAUUGUCACCCUGAGGAACCUCACCAUGGACAGCACGGGUGUCUACAGGUGCACGGCCAGCAACGACGUGGGAGAGGAGAACUGCACCAUCGAGGUCACCAUGCAGCAUGUGAGGGAUGUGGGGACAGUAGCGGGAGCAGUGGUGGGAAUAUCCUUCGGUGUCCUCAUUGUCAUAUUAAUCAUCUGGCUCGUCUUCCGGAAGAAGGAGAAAAAGAAGUACGAGGAGGAGGAGACCCCAAAUGAGAUCAGGGAAGAUGCUGAGGCUCCCAAGGCCAAACUGGUGAAGCCAAACUCCCUAUCCUCGUCCCGCUCUGGCAGUUCGCGCUCUGGCGCCUCCUCCACCCAGUCAAUGGUGCACAACAGCACUCAGCGUGGCCACCGCCCACGUCCCCCUGCCGUGGCAGCUCUCAAAGAAAAUGGACAACCUCCGGGCUUCCCCCAGUCCCCUCCAGCCUACACCACAGUGGUGCCCCCCAAAACGCCCGAGCCCCCUGUCACUCCAAAAUUCAACUCCAGGAACAUGUCUGGGCCCACACCACCAACCCUCAUGGUCCCAGCCCAGACCAAGGCCUUUCAGACUGUGUAGGACUGAAAGCCACGCCCCUUUUCCUGCAGCCAUGUAAGACUCCGACCCCUCUCCGAAGCCUCACAACCCCUCCCCCCACCUCCCAAAGACUCAGACUCUUCCAUAAACAAAGAAAUGCAACUAGUUUAAAGGAUGUAAUUAAAAGAAUCAAUACUAUAAUUCCAAAAGUACUUUUAAUGAAUGCAUAAUUUAAAGGGUAAAAUAUAAGACAUGCUUGCCCCUGCUGAAUUCAAAAACAAAACAAAACAAAAAAAUAAAUAAAAAGCAGAAACCUGAGAUGCAAAAUGAUCCCAAGGCUGAAGGCUGAACUUUUUUGCUGAGUUUCUUCUUUUUGCUUCGGAUGGUACAGAGAAGCACCGUGUGCAUUGAGGUGGAAGGCACCCCUAGAAGAUCUUUAUUUAUUCAUCAAAUCAAAGGCUUAGGCAUGGAGUGAGAAAAGGAAACUAAAAACAUACUUACGCUCACCCC